CGACCACCAUGCGACCAUCAACAUGAAGAGCACCAUGAUGACGACCACCAUGCCGACCAUCAACAUGAAGAGCACCAUAAGGACGACCACCAUGCCGACCAUCAACAUGAAGUGCACCAUGAGGACGACCACCAUGCCGACCAUCAACAUGAAGAGCACCAUGAAGACGACCACCAUGACGACCAUCAACAUGAAGUGCACCAUGAGGACGACCACCAUGCCGACCAUCAACAUGAAGAGCACCAUGAGGACGACCACCAUGCCGACCAUCAACAUGAAGAGCACCAUGAGGACGACCACCAUGCCGACCAUCAACAUGAAGAGCACCAUGAUGACGACCACCAUGCCGACCAUCAACAUGAAGAGCACCAUGAGGACGACCACCAUGACGACCAUCAACAUGAAGUGCACCAUGAGACGACACCAUGCGACAUCAACAUGAAGUGCACCAUGAGGACGACCACCAUGCCGACCAUCAACAUGAAGAGCACCAUGAGGACGACCACCAUGCCGACCAUCAACAUGAAGAGCACCAUGAUGACGACCACCAUGCCGACCAUCAACAUCAUGAUGACCACCAUGACCAUCCGCACCAUGAUGACGACCACCAUGACGACCAUCAACAUGAAGUGCACCAUGAGGACGACCACCAUGCCGACCAUCAACAUGAAGAGCACCAUGAUGACGACCACCAUGCCGACCAUCAUGAGAGCACCAUGA